GUAAGUUUUUUUUUUCUGGUGUUCGAACGAUUGAACGAGAAAAAAGGAAGGCUGCGAAGUUUUCCUCAUCCGUCUAAAUUUUCAUUUUUAUUUUGGAAAGGUUUUCUCGCGAGUUAGUGCGCUUUCGUGGGGUUUCAAAUCGAAGAUUCCGGAUUCGGGCAUCCGUCGGUGGUGAAAUUCCAGUCCGAAAUUUCGUGUUCUGGUGACGAGUGGAAAUUUUAUCACUGUGAAGCACUUUCGUGAGGGGAAAGAAAAAGAAGGCCAAAUUUUCCUGCACGACGAUCAUCAGUCUUCUUUGACGUUGUUGUUUUUUUCUGUGCUAGUUUAGUGCUCCCGAAUCCAAGUAGCCACAUCCGAUAUUCGAUCCGAGGAAGAACAUAAAAACAGUGAAAACAAUUUUUCAAACAGAGGUUUAUCGAAACUGCGGAACAGAUUUUAAAGUUGGGAACCAGGGAAGGAAUUCAGUGGAAAUAACCCCAAAACAAAACAGAGUGUGUACAAAGGCCAAGGCAACAAAAGAGUGAAUAUUAAAGAUGGAUUCCGACGACGAGAGCUUCGAUGAGCACGAUUCCGGAAAUGUUUCCAGUGGCGACGAUGACUUUGCAAUGGAUGUGGACAUUAACAAUCCCCGGGACCGUGGCCAGCAGGAGGAGGACUACCCGUUUGAGGUGCUGACGACGGAGGAAAUUGUACAGCAUAUGGUCGAUUGCAUCAAGGAAGUCAACACCGUUGUCGAGAUCCCCGCCACUACAACACGAAUUCUAUUAAAUCAUUUCAAAUGGGACAAGGAAAAACUAAUGGAACGAUUCUACGAUGGAGAUCAGGAAAAACUCUUCAAAGAUGCCCACGUUAUCAACCCAUUUCGGAAACCCAGCACAAUAAAUAAGCCAAAGAUCAAAAAAUCUGGAACGGAAGAUUGCGAGAUUUGCUAUUCAUCAUUUCCUCCCAGUAUGAUGACUGGGUUGGAAUGUGGUCACCGUUUCUGUACGCAAUGCUGGCAAGAGUACCUGACCACCAAAAUCGUAGAGGAAGGCCUGGGCCAGUCGAUUGCUUGUGCCGCUCAUGGAUGUGACAUACUGGUGGACGACGUGACCGUUAUGCGAUUAGUUCAAGAUCCACGAGUGAAGCUGAAGUAUCAACAUCUAAUAACCAACAGUUUCGUUGAAUGUAACCGAUUGCUUCGCUGGUGUACUUCGGCGGAUUGUACCUACGCCAUCAAAGUACAGUACGUAGAUGCCCGUCCGGUCAUCUGCAAAUGUAACCACGUUUUCUGCUUCGAGUGUGGUGAAAACUGGCACGAUCCGGUACAGUGUCGGCUACUGAGGAAGUGGAUCAAAAAGUGUGACGACGAUUCCGAAACAUCCAACUGGAUUGCGGCCAACACCAAGGAGUGUCCGAAGUGUAACGUAACGAUCGAAAAGGAUGGUGGUUGUAACCAUAUGGUUUGUAAAAAUCAAAACUGCAAGUACGAUUUCUGCUGGGUGUGCUUGGGAUCUUGGGAACCGCAUGGUUCUUCCUGGUACAACUGUAAUCGAUACGAUGAAGAUGAGGCUCGUGCUGCUCGUGAUGCUCAGGAAAAAUUCAGAUCAUCAUUGGCCAGAUAUUUACAUUACUACAACCGUUACAUGAACCACAUGCAGUCGCUGAAGUUUGAGCAUAAACUCUAUGCAUCGGUUAAGGCUAAAAUGGAAGAAAUGCAGCAGCAUAACAUGUCAUGGAUUGAGGUUCAAUUUCUGAAGAAAGCCGUUGAUAUCCUUUGCCAGUGUCGCCAAACGCUGAUGUGCACCUAUGUGUUUGCUUACUAUCUGCGUAAAAAUAAUCAGUCGCUUAUCUUUGAGGACAACCAGAAGGAUUUGGAAACGGCCACGGAAAAGCUGUCCGAGUACUUGGAACGUGAUAUUACGUCGGAAAAUCUUGCCGACAUCAAACAAAAGGUUCAAGAUAAAUAUCGAUACUGCGAAAAACGCCGAAAAGUGUUACUUGACCAUGUGCACGAAGGCUACGAAAAAGAUUGGUGGGAUUACACCGAUUGAUAAAAUAUUCGCUCCGAUAUUAGUGCAAGUUUCAUCAGCGUGGGACUUUCGGAUGUCCACUGAGAUUGAUGUGCCCCUGUCCCUUCCUCUCCCAAAUCAGCAAACGAAAGUGAAAACAGCAACCCUGAAAACACUUAGAAAAAUCUAGCAAAAGGAAUAUUUUCGCGACGGAGCAAAAUAACCCGAGAUAAAAAAAAACAAAAACAAAAACAGUAAAUGAAAUCAACUGUUGGUAUUCAAUUUUCAAAUAAUGUGCUUUUCUUCGCUAGUACUCCAUUUUCUCAUUAUGUGUCAGAAAAAAAAAACUAGAUUACACCACAAUUAAGAUCUGUUUAAAUCAAGAGUUGUUGUUUUCCUGUUUGUUCUUGUUCGUUUCGAUUCGAUUCAUUAACGAUGAUAAAUUCAGCUAGCGCUUAAACAGUUGAACAAAAAAAAAUAUACACCGAAUAUCGUGCGUUUGCUAGAUUGAUUUCGAGCUCAUAAAGCGAAUAUGUAUGUAUAGUUGUAGCUAUUUUCACUUUUUUCUAGUUGGCCAAGGGUUGAACGUAGCUUGAAUCGAGAAUGUCCCGUAUUGUUUUGUAAUGCAGCUAUGGAAAGUAUCAAAAACCAAUAAUUUUUAGGUAAAAAUCAUUUACUAAAACGCAGCAGAGUAAAGAACAGAAUAGUAUUUUCAUAAAGUAGAGUGUCUUUAUCAAUGUUUCCGUUUUCAAUGCAUACCCACCUUUUUUCUAGAAAAGCAAAUAUGUUCAUUAUUAAAGUGUUUCGUACAGCACAAUUGAAACUGUACAGUAUUUAUCAGACGUCUAUUUUCAACCGCCAGACAGGGAAGAAAACUGUUUGACCGGUGAAUCUAUUUGGACACUUUUACUCUGUUUCAAAUCAAAAUGGUGUGUUUUUUUGUAAAUGGUUCGACUCCAUAAAGCUUUAAUAUUAUACAGAAAAAAGUCCAUUUUGUUAAAAAGAAAAUCCAUUACAGCUGACAAAUGACGAAAAAGUGCCCAAGAUUGAUCCAAUCUGAGCGGUUUCCCCUGCAUUCGUGAAAACUUAGCUGCUUCCGGUUAUUCGCAGUCUAUAAAAACCAAAUACAUGUUCUCUCAGACGAUGAAUUUCAGAGGAGAUAACUCAUACUACUAGAGCUAUGUCAAGUGGUGUACAAUCAGUUGAUAUUAAAUGCCUGAAUAUAAUGCUAUGGUUAGAUUUGAAAAAUCGGUUUGGUAUAAGGGUCGUUGGACAUGACGACCACAAGCAACAACCUAUUUGAAAAGAAAGUUUGGUGAAUAUGAUAGUUAUGCUAAAUAGUCAUUAUACUUAACUGCCUUAUGUCAAAUUACCAUUUUUAAAAAUUAUAAUUAUGUGAAAUGAAGUUAUUUUAAAUAACAUGUGUCACUUUUGUGAAAUUUAAAAUAAUGGUCAAAUGUAUUUGUUAAGAGUUAAUAGUAAACUUGAAAAUGUAAAAUUGAUGGACAAAAUUUUGACAUAUCAAGCCUAUUAAUGUCCGAUGCUUUGCUGGGUUUUUGCAUUUUUCUGAAACACUCAAAAUCUGACUUAAAUAUGCGUUAUGGAGUCAAAUCGACUACUUAUAAAUACCGUUCUUACUUGCGGUAUUAUCGAUCAAUCAUUGACGAAAUUGUCAGAAAUUGAACAUCUCCUCUAGACUGUCAAUUGUUUAUUUUCCAUAGUCUACAUUUGUUGUUAUAGCUUGUACCUCCGUAUGCAUAAUUAGUUAAAACGCAAAAUAUACUUCGAUUAACGUUUCACUAAGUAGUUAGUUCUCAAACACCAUUGGUCUUCAAACUACUUUUUAUUGUUUCGUAUUUAUUUAACUUCUUUACACGUUGUAGCUACACCUAGACUUGACAUUAAUUACUAUGAACAUUGAAACGCAUUUGUUCCCACAAUAUGCUUUCUUUGGGAGCUUGAAAUGGAUUACAGUCGAGACAAAUGAAUAAAAAAAGAAGAAAUCAUUGAACAAGUGAUAAAAAAUUUUAACGAAAGGAAACACUAUAAAGAUUAUAUAUAAAAAGUGAUGUGAAUGAAGUAUAUAAUAAAAGUGAGUAUAUAAGAAGAAGUAACCUAUUAUAUACCGAUUAAGAAAAGAAUAUGUUAGAAAGGGUCAUUUUUCUCAUUUUGUUGACUACGCAGAGGUAAAUAAAAUAUUACGAAAUGGUAAAUUGCAAUGUAAAAUCGAUCGGAUCAAUGAAACCCGAAUAAAUGAGAGCUAAAUUAAAAUAGA